AUGUCUGAGGGUCCAGGAUCCGAAAAACCAGUCUCCAUCAGCAGAAGGAGCCUCGAACGACUACGAAUAGCAGUAAUAGGUCCUGGCGAAUUUCCUUUCUCCUGGUACACACUGUACAACUACUAUCACAUCAGAAACUUAGUCAAAAACCCCGAAAUAGACUUCAAGAAUAAGAAGACGUUUAUGUACGUCGGAGGAUAUGGAGAGAUAAUGAUGACAGGCCUUGGGAGAUAUAUGGCGAGCAUGUACAAGGAAAUGGGAUAUAAUGGCCUCGUGCUGGAUACUUUCGAGUUUACAGUGCGAUAUUAUCCUGAAGCAGCGCGGGUUAUGCGAGGAGUCGGAAAACAUACAGGCGAAAUGUUAGCACAGCUAACCAAACAGGGCCUAAACCCGAAAAACUUGACAAUCCUCGGCCUCAGCCUAGGCGGUGAAACCAUGAGCUUCAUAGCCAAGAGUUACCAACAGAUCACCGGAAAGAACAUCUCCUUCCUCAUCGGUUUAGACCCUGCUGGACCCUGCUACAGACAGCUAGGCUCUAAAUACAGGCUGGACCCUUCUGACGCCGAUUUCGUUCUUAGUAUCGCUACAAAUAUGGACGGUAUGGGCAUUGGAAUCCCUGUCGGAACUGCGACGUUCUAUGUUAACGGAGGGGAGUAUCAACCUGGGCAUUUUCCGUUAUUACCAUGCGGUGUCUUCUGUAGCCACUUAUGGGCUUUAGUUCUUUGGUUAUCAGCUUUAUACAAUCCAGGGAUUUUUGUUGGCAUCAAGUGUGAUUCAGUGGAUCAAGCUAGGCAUGGUAUGUGCUAUAAUAAUACGCCGAUGAUAACAAACACUAUGGAUAUGGGCGUGGAUAGAAUGAAACCUGGCAUUUAUUAUGUGCCCACGACAAGUGGGCUGCCGUAUGGUGUAGGGAUGAAAGGUCUGAAGAAAUGGAUGAAAGAUAAGGCUCGGUUAGAAAGGCUUAGGUCAUCAUUUCUUAAACGUUGA